AUGGUAAAAGCAGGAGUUUUGCCAAAUGUUGUUACUUUGAACUGUUUGUUGGAGGUUUUAUUUGAAAAUAGUAGGACUGAGUCUGCUUUGGAUCAGUUUAGGAGAAUGCACAACAAAGGGUUUAGUCCUAAUAGUAGGAAUUUUGAGAUAAUAUUAAAAUGUCUUAUUUUAAGCAAUCAAGUGGAUGAUUUGGUUAUCAUUUUAGCCAAGAUGUUUAAUGCUGGAUUUGAGCUGGAAUUAAGUUUCUAUACCUGUAUAAUACCACUGUUUUGUAGGGAAAUUAAACGAGAGGAGGGAAUCCAACUGUUAAGGUUGAUGAGAGCUUCAAAUCUUUUGCCGGAUGAGUUGAUUAGAUGUAUGUGUGAGAACCAUAGAUUAGAUGAUGUGAAUAAUCUUCUUGAAGAGAUGAUAGAAAAUGGUAGAACACUCUUUGUUGAUGUGCUUGUUGAUCUAGUAGCAGGACUUUAUGCAAUAGGAAAAUUCGAUGUGGCUAUGAAUCUCUUGGAAGACAAAUGUGGUUACAUAACUUCUCCAUGCAACACCAUGCUUGAAGGUCAUUGCAAUGCUGGUCAAUUUUUUCUGGCGAAAAGUAUCUUUGACAAAAUGGCUGAGAGAAACGUAAAUAUUCUAAUCAGAUGGCUUUGCGAGAAUAUGGAAAUAAAGGAAAGCGAAUGA